CUUCAUCCGCAUUUUCGCAUUUGUGCCCUCGUGUUCCGUCACGGAGGAGGAGACCUCGUGUUGGCGCGCUCUGAGUGGUUUCUACGAAUUUUCGAGGUUAGAUUCACUCAUAGAGCGAGUUCACGAGAGUCGUUUACGUGAGAUUUCGAUUCAUUCACGCCGAUGUAAAAGCACGAUCUUGCAGUCAUGGCGGUGCGCGUGCAAUUUGAGAACAACAACGAGAUCGGCGUCUUCUCGAAGUUGACAAAUUCAUAUUGCAUAGUGGCAAUCGGCGGCUCCGAAAACUUCUACAGUGUAUUUGAAGCAGAAUUAGCAGAGGCAAUUCCUGUUAUCCAUGCAUCAGUGGCAGGAUGCCGCAUCGUAGGUCGAUUGUGUGUUGGAAACAAAAAUGGAUUACUAGUACCAAAUACGACAACAGAUACAGAAUUACAACACAUUCGAAAUUCUCUACCAGAUAAUGUCAAAGUGCAGAGAGUGGAAGAAAGACUUUCUGCUCUUGGCAAUGUUAUAGCAUGCAAUGAUUAUGUUGCUUUAGUUCAUCCAGAUCUGGAUAAGGAAACUGAAGAAAUUUUAGCUGAUACCCUGAAUGUGGAAGUAUUUAGACAAACUAUUGCAAGUAAUGUUCUUGUCGGAUCAUAUUCUAUUUUAUCCAAUCAAGGUGGCUUGGUACAUCCAAACAUGCCCAUACAGGAACAAGAUGAAUUAUCAUCUCUUCUACAAGUACCACUUGCGACUGGUACAGUGAAUAGAGGCAGUAAUGUGAUAGCUGCUGGAAUGGUUGUAAAUGAUUGGGCUGCUUUUUGUGGCAUGGACACAACCUCGACAGAAAUCGCCCGUAUUGAGAGUGUUUUUAAACUUAACGAAGCUAAUCCAACUCCUAUUACGUCGAGUAUGCGUGCACCUUUUAUAGAAAGCAUGUCGGACUUAUAAGAAAAAGAACUUCUUUAAAGCACUGGAAAAAAUAUACUGGGCUAUAUGUAAUAUGUACAUAAAACUUUAUAUAUUUAUGGCUUUAUGUAUCUGCACAGGAUUAUUCUUUCAUCAACAUAUCUAUGACAAAUGAUACGUGAUUCCGACAAGAAGAUAACGAAUGUAAUAAGAUACUCUGUAUUAAGAUUUAUACGAAAUAUAGUGUUUCUUUGUGUUCGUUCACA